AUGUUCAACACCACCCGUCCAGAUUGUCGGAGCAGCCAGAUGUCUGGAUCCUACCUCCUCCCUCCCUUCGAGCACCCGUGCUGCGACGACCCCUGCGACUUGCUGGGCCAGUACGACGCCGGGAACAACGAGAUGAACACCGCCGCCGACCUCGUCGCAGCUGCCAAGGGCAUGCUGGGCAUGGACGCGCACGUGAUCAUUGACACCGGCAGGAACGGGGUGGUGGACAUGCGGAAGGACUGCAAGAACUGGUGCAACCCCCGCGGCGGCGGCGCCGGGGUGCCCUCCACGGCCAGCACGGCGAACACGAGCCUGGUGGAGCUCACUCUCGUGGUGCCCUUGCAGUCCUCGUGUGCUGCCAUGAGGGGCGACGGGGCUUCUCUGGUCACGGCCAGCCACCGCCACGACUAUGGGGCCCACCGCGUGAAGUGUAGGGAGCCAGCAGAAGCGGUCAAGCAGGCACUCCAGAGCAAGAGGAACGGCAGCACCAGGUGA